UUCAUACUACAACAUAUGAAGACUACAUUAUUGGUGGUAUCACUUCCCGCGCCUGUCCUCUCCCGCGUCUUCCUGCUCAGCUCUCGUACCGCGUGCCGCCAUUGGAUUGGACCUUCAGUAACUCUUAGUUCGACAUUAGAAGCAGUACCUGCAGUGUCCACAUUUUUACAGGGAAGAAUUAGUUUCAGAGUAUUACACUGUAUGGCAAGAGGCAAAGACACUGCCAGAAUGGGUAAGCAAAAGAACAAGAGACCCCCAAGUGACAAAAGUGAAUCCGAUUCAGAUUCAAGCUCUGAAGCUAAAUAUGAACCACCACCAAAGAUGCCAAAAUCAGGUGCCUCAAGUGCUUCACUUCGUCUCACAAAUGACAAUGGUGAAGGCUACUUUCAGUUAGAGGGAAACAAGCGUGUCUCGAUCCGACAGUUUAGGGGCAAAGUGUUUGUUGAUAUUCGUGAGUUCUAUGAAAAGGAUGGAAAGUUUCUUCCAGGAAAGAAAGGUAUUUCACUGAGUCCAACACAGUGGAUCAAACUGAAGGACCUAAUUUCAUGCGUGGACGAGGAAAUUAAGGAGCUUGCAUAAGCAAAUUACGUAUUGCUAACUUUCCUAACAAGAUUCUUCAAAAAACUGCGGCUUUAUUAGUUAUCUGGAGAAGAAUUUGAUAACUUACUUUCCCGGAGUUUUUUUUUCUGACUAAGAAUGUAUUAUUUUUUUGUUUCAUCAGUUAAUUUUCUUCUAUAAAAUUUCAUAUACUGUACAAGGUUGACAAUAAUAUUUUCCUUUUUUUUUUUUUGGAAAUAAAAUUAUAUAUUUUUUGGAACAAGUGAAGAAAUCUUAGUUUAGGAAAAUAAAAGUUGAUAAUGUGAAUUUUGUGUUUUGGGUGUAUAUGAGCCUUGUGUGAGGAAGUUGAUGCUGUAACAAAUUAUCUGUUUGUUCCUUUUUCUUAUAUUUACUUAUUUCUACUUCUUACAUUUCUUAAUUCUAUUAUCUCCUAUUUUCUUCUUUGUUUAUUAUACUUGUAAGACUAGUGAGAUGAGGAAGGUUAUGGUGGCUGGAGUGGAGGGGACUGAGGGAAGAUUGGGGGGUCAGUCGGUUCUCGCAUCAAGGGGAGGCCGAGAUGGUGGAUAGCUGUGUACUGCAAUACAACACUUAACAGGAUAGAUAUGGGAGUUAUUAUAUGUUACUGCAUAAUACCAAGACAUUUAUAACUCCCUUUCUUAAGAGAGGGAUGAAUUAGGACUUGUAUUAAUGGUUACUGUACUUAUUGAAUACUUAAUAUGAGGGUUUGACAAUUAUACUUCAAAACAAUAAACCUAUCUUCCUAGCUUGUUGACCAGGGUCAUCUGACUAGCAAUACAUUUCGGGAUACUGAUCAACCUAAUAAUGUACCGGCAUUUUAGCCGCCAUUCGAGGUGGUGACACUCACGACACACACAUUUAACUGACCAAACACACAGGCUUUUUCAAACUGGGUGGCACAGAGGGACAGCUUCAUGACAACAUGCCUCAUAGGCUUCCUCAUUGGCUGAAGGCAGACCCAAGACAUUUCUAUUCGCUCGAACUUGGCGGGAAACUCCUGACAUUGUUACAAUACUUCCCCCACAGAUAAUUUAUUACAAUGCAUUGGUGAUGCAGGUUUUGGAAAGGUGGAAAUUAAUAAUUUGAUGAAAGAAUUUUGCUAAAUGGAGAGCAAAUUAAUUUUAAGGAAAUGGAGUUUUGGGAAUGCAUUAUAAUUAUUUUUCCCAUGAAUAUAACAAUUGUUAACUGGAAAAGUGUACAGGUAUGGGACCAUUUAUCCAGCACGAUUGGGACUUGGGGGUUGCCUGAGGUUUUUUUUUAGGGCGAGGCCUAAAAUGUACAGUAAACCCUCUUAACUGGCUGUGAAGCCUCUUUUCAGAUCACUAAAUUCGGCCAUAAAAGUGGUUUUGCUUGUGCACUAACAUUAAAACUUAAAAUUGUAGGCCUAUAAACUGCUAAUAACGGAAGCAUAUAAAUAAUACACGUACAGUUAUAAUGAAAGCCUUAAAAGGGCAAAAAAUAAUACAAGUUGGGUUAAUGAACUGUUUUGCAGUUGCCUCUGAUAUUUGUAUCGGCAACUGUUCUCUGCUGUGAGUCCUUUGACUUCUCCACACAGCUUCAAGGAUGUAAACCUGUAGAUCUGUAAAACUUUAUACAGGAAGUCCCAGCUUAAUGUCAUGAUUAUGUUCCUGUAAACCACAACGUUAACGGAAUUGAUUUUCCCCCAUAAGAAAUGGUAAAGUACUGUAGUUACAUUUCCCAGCUUCCACAUAGCCAGCAUCUUCUCAAUCACAGAACUUCGAGCACGACUUGUCUUUGUUGUACCGGUAGAAGUACCACUUCCAGCAUUAGCAUUAAUCUUGUCUGAGCUGGUCCGGAUAAUACCCACAGUUGUGGGAGUUAGGCCUAACGCUACACUAAUGUCCACAGCAUGUUCAUCUUUCUCAAAACCGUUUAAAACCUCCAUUUUCGUAACAAGGCUAAUGGUCUUGCAUUGCUACUUCACAACACUAGCAUCACUAACUCUUGAUGGGUGCUUGGUAGUCAUUGUGAUUGGAUACAGUAUUUAUAGCAAGAACACUUAAGUACGUACAUACGCUGUAGAAGCUUAACAAAGAUGGGAGAAAGCUUGGGGAUACUUCGUGGGAGAGCGUAGCGUGCCAUACCUUAGUAGUCUGUGCUGGGUGACAAUGUUAUAAUGAAUCUCUGGUCUUAAAACAACGUUGUCGUAAUCAUGGGUAUCUAAACAGUAGCAAUGUUAAAACGAAAAGAUGUUGUCCUGGGCAGCGUUAAGCGGGGACUUACUGUGCCUUCUGAUAAUUUUUAAUGGUACAGUAAAAAAAAAAGAAAACAAUUGAGUUGAAAAAUACUUUGAUAUUUUUUCCCCACUUUCUGUAUGUAACUCAAGUAAAGAAAUUGAGAAAAUUGCUUAUCUACCCAAAAUUAUGAGCUGAGAAAUAACAAAACUUUUACAGUGCUGUAGCUCAAAGAUGGUUGGAAAUAUCCCCACUCGGCCCGGGAAUUACUUUUGUCACUCAUUUUAAGUACCUGUAAUUAGUCAUGGAACAUAACUAGUUUUUGGAAGGUUCCAGAUACUAGGUUGCCAGUUAAUGAUCCCAUAACCUGUAAUUACUUUAAAUUUAUGGUUUAGUUUUGGUUUGCUAUUUUUCUCAUGAAUGACAAAUUAAUUAAUUUUUUUCAAAAUCAUAAGUUGGUUAUUGACAUAAUGUAAUUCUUUCUCACUUGUCAUUUCUCCUAUUGUGUUUUCACUGCCCUUAUGUUUUGUGUAAACAAAUCAUUAAAAGGAAGUUAACAAUG